AUGAAGUACGCUUCAGUAAAGGGACAGAAUUAUUAUUUAACUGGAAACCAAAUAACAAACAAUGAUCACUCAGUAAUAGAAAUCUGUUUCCCAAGGAUCGUAGUAUAUUGGUGUCCAUUCCGUCUUUUCCACGUCGAGUUUGUAGACGACCUCAUUUCCUACCCAGACCCCAGUUUGUGUGCAACUAUUGACCGUAUAAUUUGCAUAAACUUUCACUACGGUUCCAUCUUCCGUCUUCACAAUGGUGAUACUUGGAAUGAAUGGCGAUUCAUAAUACAUUCUCGAGAAGUCGUUUCCUGUACCGGGUUCCGGCAAUUUUACUUCCUUGCCUGCCACCUUUUUCAGAUCCGGUCUGGUGAACCAUCUGUUCGUGACGGGGUUUUCAUUUACUCUUUCUUUAUUGGGAAGGAGAUAUGCUACAUAUAUGCCAAAUCCAUAAUUGUUCAGACUCGAAUCGUCAACCUUUUUCAGGACAGCAUGUUCAGAUACGCUAUAGGAUUUUUUCACUCGAGCAAAUAG